AUGCUGUCGCAGCUCUCGUGGAUCCAGCACAUUGAAGGCCCGACUGUCGCGUGGCCGCCCCCCAUUGUCCCCUUCAUCUUCGACCCCUUCGAGGACCUCGUCGACAAGCCCGAGCCGACCUCACCAUCCGCGUCGGCCUACUCGUAUCUCAACCUUUCGCCCGCGUCCACCACCGAGCAAUUGCCUACCAUCGCCACGCCGCCCGACGACGACCGCUCGGCGACUGCCGUGCCCAUGCAACAUGCGCCACACGCGUCGGGGUCAGACUCAGACACGCCCGCAUGGCCCAAGCUCGACGGGACACGCCCGAUUACGCCUGGGCAGCUCCGCGAGUACGCGGACAAAUGCGCCGCUGCGGCACAGGCGCAACUCCAGCGAUCGCCGCCCAAGCCACCGACGGCACCACAAGGGCCACGGCGACCGCGUCCGUACCUCGACCGCUAUGAGCGCAUGACCGCCGCCGCUGCCGUUCCGCUAGCUGUUCCUCUGUGGCAAUCAACAAUAUGGUGA